UACCAAAAUAAAAGUGCAUCUUACGUUCCACCUCAUAAUCGCCCACCUCCCCAAGAAGAUUCCUUAGCAAGAAUGGAGAAAAUGAUGAUGGAGUACAUGCAGAAGAUGAACAAUCUAGCAGAUGACUUGAAGGAACGCGACAAGACACGCGAUAACCAACUUCAACAAGUGUUUAAACAACUUGGAGUUAGGGAACAAGGGAAUCUCCCAGCUACAUCUGAACCAAACCCAAGGGAGCAACUUCGGGCCAUAACUUUGAGAAGUGGUAAAGAGCUUCAAGGCCCCGAAGUCAAAGCUAGUAUAGAUGAAGUACCUGUGGAAACUUUUAUAGAAACAACCCCUCAAAAGAAGUCUGAAUCCAUACCUCAGGAGACGAGGAAGGAGGAAACCUCCUUCAGCCAACCCCAACCAACCAGGAAAACCCAGCUAAACACUAUUCCCUUCCCUACUAGGGUGAAAAAGAGCAAGGACGAGAAAGCUUUCCAAAAGUUUCUCGAUGUCAUUGGCCAAGUUGAGGUCAAAAUGCCUUUAGUAAAUGUGUUAACUGAGAUGCCCAAAUAUGGUAAAUUCUUAAAAAACCUCGUAAGUAAGAAGAGGGAUUGGGAGGAAUUCCCAGUUGUCAGCUUGAAUGCUGAAUGCUCUGCUAUGUUACUUGAGGAAAUGCCUAGAAAACGAAAGGAUCCUGGAUGUUUCAUCAUCCCUUGCUCCAUCAACGAUAGAACCUUUGGAGACGCUCUAGCUGACCUAGGAGCUAGCAUUAAUUUAAUUGAGGGCCAGUGCCCUGUUGUCAUAGCCUCCGAUCUAACACCUGAUCAGAAGGAAAAAUUACUAGCUGUCCUUCGUACGCACAAGCAAGCAAUUGCUUGGAAACUAGAGGAUAUUCAAGGAAUAAGCCCCGCUUAUUGCACACAUAAAAUAGCCAUUGAGGACGGAUUCAAACCAGUUAUGCAGGCACUACGCAGACCAACAUACCCGAAUGAUACGCGUGCCGAUGUUCACUUAGUGGGUUCUGGGCCCAUCGAGCGGUUCGAGAUGUGGGGCCGCCACCGCUCUCUGACAGAGUCUAUGUAUAUGUCCUCGACAGUCCUCGCCGACUACAGGUAUGCUGAGGAGAUGGAGCAGCUGCUACGAGGGACUAGGUGGCAUCGCCUCUUCACUAUGCGGGCCGAGUCCAGCCUGCCACUGACGAUCGAGUUUCUGUGCUCUCUAGAGUUGGAGCCAUCCUCAGGGUCGAGGAUGAUGAACUUCCAGUCCAUCGACUCUCGAACCACCCUCACCUUCACUCUCAUGGGGUGGGGAUUUCAGCCACGAUCGCUGAGCUGGCCUCUCACUUGGGUCUCUACUCUCGGGAUGAGACGUUGGCACCAGAGUUUGAUACCGCAUCGUACCUUCUCCCAGCAAACGUUGAUCCUGCGGACUUUUGGGCCGAACAUUCUUCUGAUCCUGAUUGCUUUGAGGGCAUGGGUAGAACCAGGUUUUGGAUUCAGCCGACUUGGCGAAUCCUAUCUUUUGUGCUUUCGACGUCCUUCUUUGGGAGGCCGCUGAACACAGAUCGGGUAUACCCCGAUAGAAUAGCUUUAGCGAUUAGUGUAACACCCCGGCCCCCACCCUGGCUGUAAGUGUCU